CUUUAUUGUUGCUUGCAAAUGUCGUGAUGAAGGGUACAUACAAUUCAUGAAUGGUAGUUGACUUCGGUAUAAAGAUACACACUACUUCCACCUCAAUUGAUUAAAACUUCAUCUAUCUACUACCCACAUCUCGCCUUGUCCAUAUUACUUCCACAUCUCUGUACAACUCUAGCGCGCCGUUUGUGGAUCCAAUUCGAAUAUUUCCAUACCCUCCCCACCUACGCACUUACAUACAUACGGAGUACAUCCAUACACAUUUUCCAUUCCCGACUUGUACCCAAUAUCUCGACCACCCAAUCCAAGCAAUGGCACCCACAACCACCAGGCAAUGGACCGUUGAAGGCCAGAAUGGCUUCGACUCCUUGAAAUUCAACGAGAAGGCCGAGAUCAAAGCAUUGGGCGACCAUGAUGUCCUGGUCAAGAUCCACGCUGCUUCCCUCAACUACCGUGACCUCAUCAUUCCCAAGGGCAAAUACCCAUUCCCGAUAGUCGACAACGUCGUCCCUGGUUCCGACGGCGCAGGCACAGUCGAGGCCGUCGGCCCACGCGUGACGCGCUUCAAGCCCGGCGACAAGGUCGUCACUCUUUUCUCUCAAGGCCACCAAGCCGGAUCUCUCGAUAAUGCCUCUCUAGCCACUGGACUCGGAGGCGCCGUCGACGGUACCUUCAGGGAGUACGGCGCAUUCGAGGAGACGGGACUCGUGCACCAGCCCAAGAACCUCAACGCCCUCGAGGCUUCCACUCUCUCUUGCGCCGCACUCACCGCAUGGAAUGCGCUCUACGGCCUCGAGAGCAAGGCCCUCAAGCAGGGUGAGGUCGUGUUGACGCAGGGAACCGGCGGCGUCAGUAUCUUCGCAGUGCAGUUCGCAAAGGCGGCGGGCGCAACCGUCAUCGCGACCACCUCUUCCGCAGAGAAGGCCAAGGUCCUCAAGAAGCACGGCGCAGACUAUGUCAUCAACUACAAGGACACCCCCAACUGGGGCGAGGAGGCGAAGAAGCUGACUCCCGGCGGGGUCGGCGUCAACCACGUCGUCGAGGUCGGUGGUCCUACCACUAUGGCACAGUCGAUCAAGGCCGCGAAGAUCGAUGGUGUUAUCUCCAUCAUUGGUUUCAUUGGCGGCUUCGGAAAGGACCAGCCUACUUUCCUCGACUGCUUGACAAACCUCCUCACCGUCCGCGGCCUCCUCGUCGGAUCCCGCGCCCAGUUCGAGGACAUGAACCGCGCCAUCGAGGCCAACGACAUCCACCCCGUCAUCGACGAGAAGGUCUUCGACCUCGCCAGCCUCAAGGAGGCUUACCAGUACAUGUGGGACCAGAACCACUUCGGAAAGCUGACCCUCAGGAUCGCCGCCGAGUAGAGACGGACGAGGGUAGGCCGUGGAACUGAAACUCUUUGAUUGACAAACAUGAGAUACCUUUUUACCUAAGUUCUUCGCAUGCACGAGAGAACUCGUUAGAUUCAAGAAUAUAUACAAUAUACACUGAGCGGCGUUAUUCUAUCAAGGUUGUUAUUGCGUGCCAUGUGGUUGUCAUCUGUCUUUGUGGUUUUCCUGUGAAGAUAAUUGUACGUCAGCAGCUAGAACUUGACCAAUCACACCAAAUUGUUAAAAA